AUUAAAACAUAAUCUUUCGCUUUGCCUAGGUACGCUCGCGUAAUUUCCACUUAACACGUUCUUGAGAUGACCCAGCAUGAGCAACGGUCAAAACGAGUUCAAAAAGACGAACGGUACAAAUAGCCGAUGUUUGGCUCUGGUAAAUUUAGUCGCCAUCGAGUUCUGCUGGAAGUAGCAUCACUCUGUCAGUUCCGAAUAAAAUCACAGAUCACAGGUUCCAAAGAAAAGAUGGGAUUUUUCAUCGGUUCUUCUGACAAGCAACAGGAAGAUAAUGAUAUGCUUCUAUACGUUGAAGACGCUGAAGCUAAUCAGACGGCCACGGAACCAAUCCCAGUAAUAGAAAACGAGGCCGCAGAAAAUCCAGCGGAACUUAGUGAAACCCAAAUUAUCGUACCUCGUCCUCCGACCCUCGUACCGAACCCAACAAUUCCGGAAGUUGUUAUUAUUGACGAUGCGGAAUCGAUUGAGAUUCAAAUUAACGCUUCAGCCAGUAGCUUCACCGUCUCGCCAAGCAGCGACAGGUCGCGGGCUCGGUACAGAUGCAAACUGUGCCAUCAAAUUAAGAGCGGACACACCUGUCCCUACAAGAAUUCCGGUGCUACUGCUGCUACUCCUGUAGAUGACGUUGCUGAGGAACCACUCGUAGGCUCGCGGACGGCAUCCAAUCGAGAAAAUCUUUCUCGGUUAGCCCAAAGAGUCGAUGGUGAUGAAUCUUCUGAUCCCGACUGGGUCGCUCCGAAUGGAAAUAAUACGCCAUCGAUGCGAACUACACCUAAACGAAGCGGCAAGAGAAAGCUCACGUCAACUACCAAUGAAAGAGAAGAGAAUUCGACACCCAAAAGAGCUAGAAAAGUGCACGAAUGCCGAAAUUGCCACGUACCUAUGAAGGGACACAAGUGUUACCUAAACUAAAUUUAUCGCUGAAAGCAAGGCAGAAAAGUCUCUGAUGAAGAGAAUCCUUGACUACACCGAGGUUAAAGCCGCCGAUCGCCACUUUUAUCAUCCGUUUUACAAUAAAAUGAUUUAUUGUAUAUUUUAUUUUCAUAGAAAAGCUUAUUUAAUUUUUUUAAAAAUAUCACUCUUUCUUAUUAUGUGUACAUAUUUGUAAACUACAACUAAUAAAAUUUUUUCCGCAAUUUUAA